AUGGAAGGGGUUCUUGUCGAUUCUGGUUCCACUUCCAAUGUUAUUGACGGAGCGAAAAGGGAGACGCUUAGGGAGAAGAAAGUGAAAUGCGAUUCAAGAAAAUCCAACAGAAGGCUGUACUCCUGUGGAUCCAACAAGCCACUUACUACUGCUGGUGAGUUUCAGACUGAACUUUGUUACAAAGAUAAACGUUGCAUGUGUGUUUUAUUGUAGUGGAAGAGAAAGCAAGGGCAAAACUUAGUAGGGAGACCUCAGAAGAGCUGGCCAUUCUGAAACUUGAAAUUAUUGCUAUGAAAGAAGAAACCCUGCUUAGAGAUUUUCCUGAGUGUUUUAAGGGAGUAGGAAAACUUAAAGGUUUCCAAGCAAAGCUCUACGUUGAUAAAUCGGUUAAACCUGUUGCACAGAAGUUGAGACCCCACCUUAUAGGCUAA